AUGGCCAAAGACCACAUUUAUUCCUACUUUCGCGUGUCGAAGUCUGAUGCAGUGCAUGAAUCCGCGCAGAAAUACCGAGACCUGCGCCUCAGAGCCCUGCAAGCCUCGCCAGCCUCAUUUUCCUCAACGUAUGAUAUCGAAGCAGCCUUUUCUGAAUCGGACUGGGUCGAGCGCCUAACAAUCCCUGGCCGCGAAGUCUUUAUUUGCGCCGCAACUGCGCCAAAUCAGAGCGCAAAUGGAUCCGACUGGGUGAACUGGGUGGGCCAAGUCACAAUUCGUGGCCCGCUGUCCCAAGCCGAGUUCACUUUGCCUGCGGAAUCUGGGCAGCCGGAUCCAAGAUCGGACCAAGAAGAGGAGCGAUGGCAAAUGCUGAGCUUGUUCAUUCUCCCCGAGCACCAGGGUGGUGGACUCGGCGGGAAUCUUUGUCGCGAAGCACUUGGGUAUCUUCAACACUAUCAACCAAGCCCUCCAAGCGUUCUUGUGCGUCUCAUGGUCAAGGUAGAAAACCAAGCUACUGUGAGGCUAUAUCAGCGGCUUGGUUUCGCUGUUGUUGGGAUGUCUACUCUGGCCGAAGCACUCAUCGCAAAUGGGGACGGGCAUCUUUUGCCAAAGGACUUGAGUGAUACCAAAUACUCUGGACGUCGCGGGGGUGUGAUUAUGACUUUUCGUAUGUUCCGCGCAUAA